AUGAUGCUUAUUAAUUCUAUCACUCGCAACAUCUUUCUUACUGUGUUCUUCAUCUUUUUGGUCCCCAGUACCGUCGCUAGUCUCUUUCCCCAUGCCCCUGACAAUCCCCUUCUUAGCAGCUCCUUUGGAAUUCCUGGUGUAAAUGCCACAUAUGAUUACAUUAUCGUCGGUGGUGGCACGGCCGGACUCACCAUUGCAACGCGCCUCUCCUCGACUCGAAAUCUCAGCGUUGCGGUCAUAGAGGCCGGAACCUUCUAUGAAAUAUCCAACGGGAACCUGAGCGAGGUGCCGGCUUACGAUCCUUGGUUCACUGGUAAAGACGUCCAUGAUUGGCAACCCGGCAUCGACUGGGGUUUCGUAACAGUGCCUCAGGUCAGUGCUAAAUCCGUUAAUAUAUCGAAAGCCAUCUUACCAUCUUCUCUAAGGGGAACGGUCGACUCCUUCGCCAAAUGGGCCGAACUCGUCAAUGACAGCUCCUACCUCUUCCCCAAUGUCCUCCCUUACUACCAAAAAUCCCCGCACUACACCCCUUUCAACGCCAGUCUAUACCAAAACGCCACCAACGCCCAAUCUCCCUCCUCCUUCUCGCCCUCCGGCGGUCCUCUCCAAGUUUCCUUUUCCAACGCCGUCGAUCCCUUCGGGACAUGGGUGCUGCAGCUCUACCAGGCCUUCGGGAUGGGCCUGAUCCCCGGCUUCAACGACGGAGCCUUGCUCGGCUCCGCCUUCAUGACCUCGACCGUCGACCCUUCCACCGGCAUCCGCUCGUCCAGCUCCAGCAGCUUCCUCCAGACCGCUCUGCAGCGCAACCUCGCGCCGACCAUCUACACCAACACCCUAGCCGAACGAAUCCUCUUCACCAACAGCACCACCCCCCGCGCCACCGCCAUCCGCGUCACCACAGCCGGCACCUUCGGCACGCCCUCGCUAACCUACACCCUCACCGCGCGGCGCUCGCUCAUCCUCUCAGCGGGGGCGAUCCAAUCGCCCCAACUCCUCCUCGUCUCGGGCAUCGGAAACUGCACCGCGCUCUCCACCCUCUCCAUCCCCUGCACCGCCCACCUCCCCGGCGUCGGCCAAAACCUGCAAGACCACGUCCUGUUCGGGACAUCGCACCGCGUGCACCUCCUCACCGCGUCCGCCGCCCUCUCCAACGCCACCCUCGCCGCCGAAGCCAUCGCGACCUACCAGGCCACCGCCUCCGGCCCCCUCUCCCUCCCCGGCACCAGCGUCGUCGGCUGGGAAAAGCUGCCCGCCACCUACCGCGCCGCGCUAUCCAACACCACGCGCACCCUGCUCGACGCCGACUUCCCACCCGACUGGCCCGAGAUCGAAUGGCUGCCGAUGAGCGCGCUGUACGGCACCGGCGACGACCCGAUCCACACCGACCCGCGCGACGGCGCCAACUACGCGACGCUCAACACGGCGCUCGUGGCGCCGCUGUCACGCGGGAGCAUCCGCAUCGGCAGCGCGUCGAUGCAGGCGCCGCCGCUGAUCGACCCGGGGUGGCUGAGCCACGCGGGUGAUCGCGAGGUCGCGGUGCAGAGCGUGCGGCGGCAGCGGGAGAUGUGGGGGUGGCUGGCGGCGCGGGGCGUGGCGGAGGGGGAGGAGUACUACCCCGGUGAGGAGGCGGUCGGGACGGAUGACGAGAUUGUGGAGUGGUUGAAGCGCGCGGCGUCGACGGUGAAUCAUGCGAGUUGCACAUGUAAGAUGGGGACGCGGGGCGAUGAGAUGGCGGUGGUGGAUGCGGAGGCGCGGGUGUUUGGGGUGGAGGGGUUGAGGGUGGUGGAUGCGAGUAGUUUUCCGCUUUUGCCGCCGGGGCAUCCGCAGAGUACGGUGUAUAUGCUGGCGGAGAAGAUUGCGGAGGGGAUUCUUGUGGAGGAGGGGUUGGUUGGGGAUGGGAAUCUGAGUAUGCCGGUGAGGGAUAACUGUGUGGGUUGA